AUGGCAGGCGUACCUGACAGAUCAAACUCGGGGCCAACUGUGCACAGCAGCACGAUGGGAUCAGCUGCACCGCACAUUGUUAUAGAGGAGAGCAAGGAUAGAGAUGCCGACUACCUUGAGAUAGUACCCACAAACCGCUCUGAAGAGCGCCCAGAAUCCAAAAGGCAGGGUGCAGUGGAAGCCCUUGGUAUCGAAGACUGGCAAGCGAAGGAGAAACAGAUCGUCCGAAGACUCGACCUGACGUUGAUGCCACAAUUGUGGAUUCUGUACAUGUUCAAUUACCUCAAUCGAAACAACCUGGCGCAAGCUCGUUUAGAUGAAGACUUUGAGGCAACCCUCAAUUUGGGCAACACCGAUUACAGUACAGCGGUAGCUUUACUUACAGUUGGUUACAUGCUUGCGCAGCUGCCAUCUAACAUGCUGAUCACACGUGUCCGCCCACAACUCUACCUACCCAUUUGCGCGAUCGUAUGGUCUGGUGUAUCAGCCGCAACUGCUGCUGUUAGUAGCCCUGGCGAAUUAUUUGCAGUCCAGAUUGUGUUGGGUAUCGUGGAAGCCCCUCUUUUCCCUGGAGCUGUAUUUCUCAUGUCUUGUUGGUACACUCGUCGCGAGCUUGCUCUCCGUACUGCUCUCCUCUACUCUGGGCUAGUCCUUGCCCAAGCCUUCUCUGGACUGAUCGCUGCGGGAGUUCUGUCUGGCAUGGUUGGAGUAGCCGGCCUCAAAGGCUGGCAGUGGCUCUUCGUUCUGGAGGGUGCGCUAAGCGCAUUCUUCGCAUUGACAGCCUUUUUCAUUCUCCCUAACUACCCACACACCAACUCUGGAGGCCAAAUGUGGAUAAUGACUGAGGACAUGCGAAGAAUCGCAGUUACUCGCAUCGAAGCCGAUCGGGUCGAGUCACACACCGAAUCUACCGUGUGGCAAGGCUUGCGCCUGGCCCUCACCGAUGUUAAGACAUACAUUUUCAUCUUUAUGAACAUUUUUAUGACAAAUUCUUACGGCUUCAAUAAUUUUAUGCCGACCAUGGUGAAUGGCUUUGGUAUUGGCAAUAGGACCAUAUCUCUUGUCCUGACUGCGCCGCCCUACAUUGUUGGGACAGCGGUGUCUUUCUUUGUAGCGUGGUCUUCAGACCGCUCAAAGGAACGUGGUUUUCACAUUAUGGCCAACAAUUGCUGUGCCAUUGUUGGCUUCAUAAUCUCGGUCGCUACACUUAACACAGCUGCGCGCUAUACUGCAGCCUUCUUAUACACUUCAGGCAGUUUUUCAGCAAACGCCUUGGUGUAUACAUGGGCAGUUAGUUCAUUAGGGCAGACACCAGAGAAGCGAGCUGCUGGAGGCGCUAUUGUGAACAUUUGCGGUCAUCUAGGCAACGUAAUGUCGCCGUACUUCUUCCCCGAUAGCGACGCGCCACGAUACACAAUGGCCAUGAUUCUGCAAAUUGUCUUCGCAGGUCUCACACUCUGCAUGGCGUUUACAUCGAAGACGUACCUCAAGAGACAGAACAAGAAGUUGAAGGCGGUCUCAGACCAAACAGGAAACCUUUACAAUCCCUUCACAACGUAG